UUUUAUUCUAGAUUACAUCGAACACGAAAAAACUAAAGCAAAGCCGAUCUCGGUUUUUGAAUCAACUAUCAUAAUACGAAAGUACUCUUCUAUCGGAAUCUGUAACACAAGCAACAAAAGCGAAAACUAGCGGGGCUCGUAUUCUACACCUACGCUCCAAUUUGAAUGAAAUUUAGGAGCUAUUUCUAGCAAGGGCCUGUGACCAUAUUGUGGCUUCUCAUUGGCUGGUCACAAAAGAAAAGAAAUGUGACAAGGCAAGAGAGACAAAUGCGAAUGUCCUGUUAUGUUUCUAACGCAGUUAUCUUUCCUUAGUCAAUUCAAAAGUUUUUCCUUUGGUCGCAGAUUCCUCAGUUUGAAAGUAAUAAUGAGUAAUCUUGAACAGGUAUCAUCGAACAAAUGUUUUGGAGGCUUCCAGAAAGUCUUCAAACAUUCCAGUUCUGAAUUGAAAUGUGAAAUGAAAUUCGGUAUUUAUUUACCUGCGAAAUCUGAAUUUGGCAAACUUCCUGUGCUCUAUUGGCUUUCCGGUUUGACAUGUACUGAGCAGAAUUUCGUAACAAAAUCUGGUUUCCAAAGAUAUGCAGCAGAACACAACAUCAUCGUUGUUGCACCUGACACAAGUCCAAGGGGCUGUAACAUUGAGGGUGAAGAUGAUAGCUAUGACUUUGGUUCCGGUGCUGGUUUCUAUGUGGAUGCAACUCAACCAAAAUGGAGCACCAACUACCGAAUGUAUUCUUACAUUGUAAAGAAGUAACUGCCAAAAUUGAUAGAAUCCAACUUCCCAGUCUUACCAGAAAAGAAAUCCAUUUCUGGCCAUAGCAUGGGCGGACAUGGUGCCUUGGUGAUAGCCUUAAAGAAUCCAACAGGGUACAAGUCUGUGAGUGCCUUUGCCCCAAUCUGUAACCCAGUUAAAUGUAACUGGGAAAAGGCCUUUACAGGGUAUUUGGGUGAAAAGGAAGAUGAUUGGCAUGAAUAUGAUACCUGUAGUUUGAUCAAGAAGAACGGAAGUCCAUUUGCUGACAUCCUCAUUGACCAGGGUUUGGCUGAUGACUUUCUAAAGGAGCAGUUAUUAACAGAGAAUUUGGAGAAGGCUACUGCGGAGAAAAAUGUUGUAGCCACAGUCCGGAAACAAGAGGGCUACGACCACAGUUACUACUUCAUCGCAUCUUUUAUUGGUGACCACAUUAAGCAUCACGCUAAAUAUCUGAAUUAAGGAAGCAGCUGCUGAUAUAUAGACCGUUUUUUUCCUGCCGGUUGAAGUUUUCAGAAGAAAUAACAGAUUUAUGUUUGGUAUUUUUAUAGCUAAUUAAAAUAUGUGGUGCUAAUCAA